AUGCGACCGAGCGCACUGGUCACGACCCUUCCGCUUCUCUACUUGGGCGGCCAUUGUGUCUACUUGGGCCACGUGGCCUAUGCCAAACGCGCGCAGCUUGUCCGCCUAAGCGACGCGCUGCAGACCGUUGCUUCGAUCGAGGCAUUGCCGCUCCAGCCCGAGACACCGGGCCGAGUGGCGUACGACGUGCAGUUCUCGGGCCGUGUCGCCAAGCGCAGCGAGAGUGAUGCCAGCCGAGCCGACGAGCUGGUCAUCGUCACAGCAAGUGGUCAUCGCAUCCUCGUGACGGACCCGGACCUCCUCCGUUGCAACUGCGACCAGGCUAAGACGACGAACGAGGAGAGUACGGCCCCCAUUCCUGGGCACCAGACGGUCGAAGCCGCGAUUGCUCAGAGCGCUUUGGUGUCGUGCGUGUGGCUGCUCGAGUCCGUGCCCCUGUGUGACGCAGCGGGUGAGAAGACGCUUGGAUGGGCGAUGGUAGCGUCGAACGACCCGGCGCUAGUGCCCCCUCGGCACUUUCUCCACUAUGGGGACCUCGCGACGCUGCGUCAUAGGUGGCUUCAAAAUGGCGACACGCUGCAAACGGUUGGGGCGGCACUGGUGCUGUACGGUCUUGUGUUUGUCGGCUGUAGUCUCUGCCACUUUUCGAGCCGUCGAUAA